AAAUUAGAAUUCACAAAACAAAAUACCGGCAGUAGAGGAAAACACGGCGUGUUGGAUGCGUCAUCUUGUCAGAUUUCGCUUUUCGCGUUGGAGAAACGGGAAUAUCCGCUACAGAAUUCGUCGUUUUUAGUUCGCGGUUGUAGGAAUUUUACAAAACUAAAACAUCUCAUUUCGCAGACGACUCGGACAACAGAUAAUAUAUUAUAAGCGGUGCGUUUGAAUAAUUAUCAUUCAAAAUUUGACCUCUGUUCAGUGCGCUCCCAUUUUUGUGCUAAAAACUUGAUUUUCGUACCUGUUUAAUAUGAGUGUGGCUUAUACGGCUUUAGAUCAAGGACGCGGUGCAAGCCAACCAAGUGAUGACCAUUCUGCGAACAGUGCACCCAUGGCGAAGGCCGAGGUAGACGACAUCGAUGGUACUACCACAGAUGCGAUCAACGGAAGAAAUAAUGUUGACCCAGUUUCACAUACAACGGUACCGGACAUCUCCAUCACCGACACCAACGAACUCAAACUGAACACCGAAGACCACAUUGAUGGUCUUCAUUUGGGAGAUGAUCUCAAUAAUCACGAAAUCGAUGGAGUGCACCAUCUGAGGGACUUCCGAAUCGGUACCCCGCACUCAUCCAUGGCUCGCACAGGGUUGAAUUUUGACACAGAGUUAGGAAGUAUCGCAGGGGAAACUAUUCCUGAUAUCAACGUUUACCAACACAAAAAGACUUUGGCGCAAGGGAUGAUGGAUUUGGCGCUGUUUUCUGCCAAUGCCAAUCAGCUUCGUUACGUGCUGGACAGUUAUUCUAGACACCCUUACUUCUGGGGUAGUUGCAUCUGCAUCAUUUUGAGUUUGGGAUUACAGGUGGGCGUUGGCAUUGGACUAAUCUGGAACUCCCUAUAUAACGUUAAAGACGAAAAACAUUUACAUGUAGCCAACAAAAUAAACAAUUUCACGGUAAUUGGUAUCUUUUUAACGGUAGUUCUUAACGUCUUCAUCUCAGUCUUUGCAGUGCUUAGCCCAGAGCAAGUGUUCAUUCAAGUUCCACUAGGUCAACCUAUUCCCGUUAAUUCAACGGGGACAUGAACUUUAUAGAUGCCGAUACCUUCCUAGGGUUCAAGUGGAUUCUCUCUUAUGAUCCUGAUCUUAUCUUUAAAUUACAUACAGUACCUAAUAUUUAUCAAUUACUUGAUGAAGAUCUGCAUUAUGCCAACCAUACAAAAGUCCAUGACUAUUCAACAGAUCUGAUUUUUUGUAACAUAAUGUUUUAUAAUUAUUGUAGGCUACACUGACUGACAAAAAACGGGCAGCCGUGAAAAGUUUUAAAGCUAUUUAAAUGCAUUUAUUUUUUUCGAAUCCUGAGAAAACUAAUAAAUAUUUUUGAAAAAUUUAAAUGCAGAAUGAAAGAUUACAUUGUUACCGAGGACCGAAAGUCCCUUUGAAUAAACAAAAAGUUUCUUUUCUCUAUUUUUUGCCCCUGUAACUUAUUAAAAUAAACAUUGUAGAAGUUUUCAGGGACUUUCGGCCCUCGGUAUUUCUUUAAUUCUGCGCUUAAAUUUUACAAAAAUACUUAUUAGUUUUAUCAGGAUUUAAAAAAAUGCAUUUAAAUAGCGUUGGACAAAGAUUUUGAGCAUAUCCAUUUACUUCUAUACAGGGUGUUUGGUAAAGAAUGGGCCAUAGGUUAACCUGAGAUUCCUGAGGUUAAAAUAGGUCGAUUUAAGCUAACUUGCCUUAGUACGAAAGUUGAUAAUAACCGAAAUACAGGGUGUCAAAGUUAAACUUUUAUUUUAUUUAUUUUUGAAUAUUUCCCAACGGGCAUGGGAUAAUAACAUGAAAUUUGGUAAGCAGGGCUUUUUUGGGACAAGAAAUCUAAAUUUGCCACCAAAAAGAUGUAUUAUUCAGAGGGCGCCACAUACGCCUUUCAGUGCUCAUUUAAUAGGUUCAAUUUUUUUUUAUUACCCACUCUACAUACUUUUUGAAUCCAAACUUAUUAUCUUAAUAUUUUUAUUUAAAAAAGGUAUACUACGUUUAUCUCGCUAAACUCAACCGUUUUCGAGAUACAGCAGAACCCCGCAAAUCCGAACUAAUUGGGGGGACAGCCUGUUCGGAUUCCGAAAAGUUUGGAUUAUCCGAAAGUUAGCCUAACUAAUAAUUCAAAGCUUUCGUUUUCGUUGAUUUUGAGUCACAAAACGUUCUCGCAAGAGUGUGGACGGUGGACAAUAUUUUUGGACUAAGUUGACUGCAAGGAAACCGAAGUAAGUUUAUAUUUAACAUUUAUAAGCACUACGUUUACGUAGUUUACGCACUUACGUUUACGAACAUGUAAACCGAAUGGAACCAGAUAGAUUAGCGAACAUCUGUAAAAACAACAGGCCGUAUAGCAGAAGACCAGUUGGAAGGCCGCCGAAAAGGUGGAAAGACAAUGUACAGUCAACAACAACUGAAACAGAAUACGAGGCAGACAAACAGGAGUAAUCUUAGUCGCACGAAGAAGAAGAAGAAGAAUAAGAAGUUUACGUAUAAAGUACGUAUUUAUUUUUAAGAAAUAUUAAAUGUCAACGUCUUAUUAAUCCUACAUUGUUCAAUUUUCUGGUUUUACUCUGUAUAAUAAACAUGUUUUUAUUUUGUCGUGAAUUUUUUUUUUCACUUUCUGUUAUUUCGGAUUUGCCGAACGUUCGGAUUAGCGGGGUUCGGAUUUGCGGAGUUCUACUGUAGAUGCAUUUUAAAUCUGCGAGGCAACAUCAUUUUUUGCAUAAUAUCAUUGUAGUUACACCCGAAAAAAAGCUUAAAACAAUAAAAAUCUGCAAAAAUUAUCGCACAUUUCUUCAAAUGGAAUUUGCGAUGCAAUGACUUCGGAUGUAACUAUAAAAUGAGAUUAUGCAAAAAAUUAUGUUGGAUCGCAGAUUUAAAAUGCGUUUAUCUCGAAAACGGUUGAGUUUAGUAAGAUGGAUGUAGUAUACCUUUUUUAAGUAAAAAUAUUAUGAGAAUAAAAGUUUUGAUUCAAAAACUAUGUAGAGUGGGUAAUAAAAAAAAUUGAACCUAUUAAAUGAGCACAGAAAGACGAAUGAAUGUGGCUCCCUCUGGAUAAUACAUCAUUUUUGGCGGCGAAUUUAGAUUUCUUGUCCCAAAAAACCCCCGCUUACCAAAUUUCGUAUUAUUAUCCCAUGCCUGUUAAGAAAAAAUAUUCAAGAAUAAAUAAAAGUUUAACUUUGACACCCUGUAUGUCGGUUAUUAGGUAUCAACUUUCGUACUAAGGUAAGUUAGCUUAAAUCGACCUUUUUUAAGCUCAGGAAUCCAAAGUUAAGCUAUGGUCCAUUCUUUACCAAACACCCUGUAUAACAAGAAAUAUUAAUUAAUUAAUAAAUAAUCAUUUAUUAAUCAUUAAUAUAAUUUAUAAUUAUUAUAUGUUUAGCACAAAUUCAAAUAUAUAUUAAAAAAACAGUAAAAUAAUUAAAAAAAAAACAAAAAAAAAGCAACACAAUGUACCUAUGUAUCUAAAAAUAAUAUUGUAGUAUAUGUACCUACUUAUGUUAUGAAAUAAGAAAUUUAUGACUAUGAAUCUGCAAUCAAUCACAAACAAGUCUGGCUAAUUGGCUCUGCCAAAGCCAUUUUUCAAAAAAAAAAAUUAUUAUAUGGAAUUCAAAUACUAAAAAGGUUUAUUUUGCACAAAAUUAGAUAAGUAAUGUAAUGAAAAAAGAUUAUGGAAUAAUAAAAAAUGACCGCAUUUUUUGUCGAGUCAUUUUCUCUUUUUCCAGUGGGUAACUCUACGAUUAAACUAAUAAACUAAACUCACGAAAGAAAGGAAUGAGAUGGAGUGGCAGAAAGAGAAAGAGAGAGAGAGAGAUAUGAGAGAAUGACGGGAGAAAUAGAGAAUAGAAAUACUUCUUAUAGGUAAAUGGAGAGUUAGGAAUCGGAGUCAAAUAAAAGUUGUUAAAUAGUUUUAUAAGUUUUCUUUCCGUCAGGGAAUAUUGAUUAAUAUUAAUUAAAAACUUUUAUCUAUUUAAUUAAAAUUAAAAAUUCUUUUUAAAUUUAAGCACAAAAAAUCCAAAUCAAAAUGUACAACUAAACGAAAAUAUAUACUGUAAAAUAUUGUUUGCAAUUCAAUAAGUCGCAGCUACUUGUAAAUAUAUUGUGGUGUGUGGUUAAAACAUUCGAAAUUAUCGAAAAAAGUCUGAUUAACACGAAAAAACCACAGUAUUGGAAAUAGCUAUAUUUAUGUGAUAAAGCGAAGGAAAUUGAGGAGACCGUGGACAGCUAAUGCUACUGUUAUCUUAUCAAAACACAACGAAACGCAAAUCCCCAAAUACCUAUACAAGUUUUUUUACAAAUUCAGUUACAUUUUGUGAUAAUGACGAAUCGAGUGAAGAACUAAGUACUUUCAAUACAAACUAUCUUCAACAAAGUCCAACAUCUUUUAUUUUUUUGUUCUCACCAGGUCCAUUCACGAAUUUGAUAUCUGACUCCUGCAUUUGUUUUCUUCCUACACGUCUACGCCCAUCUACUUUGUCUUUAAGGAUCAGUUGAAGUAUAGAUUAACAGAACUUAGCAGUUCUAUAUCUUUGUUGACCCUCCUUGGUACUUCCUCAUUAGUUUUUCUUGCUGACCAAGGUAUAUUCAGCAUCUGUCUAUGAAUUCAGCUUACCAAUGCUUCAAUUCUGUUCAUUCUUGAUACUCUUAGUGUCCACACUUCUGUACCAUACAAAAGUACAUUCUUAAGAUAGCAAUCAACCAUUCUUUGUCUUAGUACACGAUUAUUGCAUUGAAAUGUCUUCAUUUUCAUAAAAGUAGUUUUAGUCAUUGUUAUUCUGCGUUUUCUUUCUAUGUCUGGAUCUAGUUUCUGUAUCUGGACUAUUAUCUGCUAUUAACAUGGUGUCAUCCGCAUACCUCAAGUUAUUAAUAAGGAUUCCCUUUUCUACUCCAGCUGUUUCGUUGUCUAGUUACUUCUGCCUCUUGUAUAAUACUUCCGAGUACAAAAUAAUUAGGAAUGAAGUCGUAUGAAUGAAAUUUUUAUGUUCUCCGAUUCAGUGUUAUUUAUUUUUAUGUACGCUGUCUUGUCUUCUUCUUCUUUAAGCACCGUGCCCAUGCAAAUUUUAGGCGUUUCUCGAUUUUGCGUGGCAUGUAAUAAUUGAUCUGCUGAUAAGCCAGUCCCUUGACGAAGGUGUCGGAACCAUAAAUAUUUCUUCUACCAAUUCCUCUUUUUCCGUCGAUCUUUCCAUUGAGUAUUAACUGCAGUACCUACCCUGCUGUAUCUCCUACCUCUCAUUAUAUGCCCCAGAUAUUUUCUCAAUUCUUUUUUUUAUCAUCUUCAUUAAGACUCUUUCUCAUUGACCUACUCGUAACUUAGUCUAUUUUAUUUAUCUCCUAUAUUCUUCUAUUUUUACUAUAUUAAUUCUAUCUAUUUUCUGAGCAUCUAUUCUUCUUAUUAUUUCCAUUUCUAGUCAUCAUCACUAUCUACUUUGAGCUGCCGUCUUCGACAGGCAUGCAAAUUGGCCGUAUCCAUCCUUAUUGAGUGUCAAGUUGUCGUUCUCUUGCAUACAUCACUAGCCUAACUCCAUUCAGUUUGCCUCUGUCUAUUCAUACCUUUAUUAUUAGUUCAUCUUACUUUCUUCCUCUUUCAUCUUAUCAUUUUCCAUCUACAAAUACUACUGCAAUAGUAGUCUUUCGGCUUCUCAACACAGAAGCCACACUUUUUCUUACAUUAGUUAAUUUCUUUUCUACUUCUGUUGGAGUUUAUCAUUCUCUUUACUUUCACUCCAACAGAAGCUUUCUUUUUUGAUUAUAUCGUCAUUCUACGAUAUGACCACAUCUCGAAGGCUUCUAAUUUGUUCAAAUUUGUUCAUCAUGUUAACCUUCAGCUGUCUGGUCAUUAUAAGAGUUUUCUAAUAUUUUUAUAUCUCCCUAGUCUAUUUGCUUUUGGUUUAAAAUGUCAUGAGUUGGUCGUGCUUUACUCUGACAAAAGCCUUUUCUUUUGUAAUUUUCACUUUUUAUGUCUAUUCAAAAUUUGAUCACUCUUUUUUUUCUUGGUCUUCCUUUGCGUUUCCCAACGCUGGAUUCGUUUAUCAUUAUAUUACAUACAAUUCUACAAUACAGGAAUACUUCUUCUUCUUCCGACUUUAUAAAUAGGCCCAAUGCCCCUUUUUACUUCGGUUUUUAGCCUCAAUUGACAUUGUCAGACCAUCUUUACCUUGGUCGUCCCAAUGAUCUUCUUCCAUUUGGCGAUCUGUCUCUAGCUAUUCGUACUAUUCUAUUUUCUGUCAUUCUUUCUAUGUGUUGAUUCCAUUCUAUUUUUCUUCUUUUGGUCCACAUGAAUAUUUCUUCUAUACCACAUCUCGCUCGUAUUUUAUCACUUCUUACUCUCUCUCUUAGAGUUUGGUUUGUUAUUUUUCGUAAGACUUUCAUUUUUGCUGUUUCCACUGCUCUUGUUUCCGCUGUGUACGUCAUUAUCGGUCUUAUUGUUGAUUUGUAUAUCCUGGUUUUCGUUUCUAUUGUGAGGUAUUUGUUUCUCCAGAUUGUGUUGUUGAAACAUCCUACUGCUCUGUUGAAAUACUUGCGUAAGUAUUUGUAACAAUUGUGUAGGUGUAGGACAAAGAAAACUUUUAUUACUUGGGGCAACGGUUAUUACAGGAAAAAUAAUUUCAGAUGAAUAAAGAUGUUCAUUUACUUAGAAAAUAUAAAACUUGUGUACUUAUUUUCAUCUUGCUCAAACCAUUAUCGUGUAUAUAAACAAGAUUCUACUAAAUGCUGCCAAUAUUUUAUUGUAUUAGUUACCUAUAGAUUUACGAAAUCUGUUAUAAAUUUAAAAUAGGUAAUAAAUAUUUUUUGACUGUAAAUAAAAAUAAAGAAUUUAUUAUAAAAAAGGGGUUCAAGGCAGGUUUUGUUUAUAUUCGAUUCAGAGUUGGACUACCAUCUCCAUAUAGUAACUAUUUCAGCAUCCUUAUGCAUCAUCAGUGAAGAUUAUGCAGUCACAACUCUGAAGGGAAUACAAACAUUCUGCCUCUUUUAAAGCAAACCAUCGCGAUGCGAUGAACCCGCCUUUUGAGACGCAAUACAGCGACAUCUCUCGUAUUACGAGGAAAA